CUUGUUUUCAUGGGCAAGGGCAACACAUAGCCAUAAAAACCUUUUUGGGUUUUCUUAUCUUUCCCAUUCAUUUUUCUUACAUUCAUAAUUUUUCAAAUCUCCAGAAAACUUCCCAUUGAUUGAUCGAACAGAUCACAGGAGAAAGCUAUAGCGCUAAUUUCAACAUGGGUGUUCUUGGAGUUGUUGCAAAGCGUUUGGACGCCCUUGUGGGGCCAGGAAUCAUGCUUCUUUUUCCAUUAUAUGCAUCCUUGCGAGCUAUCGAAAGCCCUUCAACGCUUGAUGACCAGCAAUGGCUGACAUAUUGGAUAAUAUAUUCAUUCAUAACCCUAUUUGAGUUGUCCUGCUGGAGAAUACUAAUCUGGCUUCCAUUCUGGCCAUACGUAAAGCUGCUGUUUUGUAUGUGGUUGGUGUUGCCUGUUUUCAAUGGAGCUGCAUAUAUAUACGAGAAUCUGGUCCGGAAGUAUGUGAAGAUCGGCGGCAGGGUGAACGGAAACUAUUCGGAGGAUCAAAGGAAAGUUCUCCAGAUGAUGAGCCUUGACGCCAGGAAAUCCGUCGUGCAAUAUGUUGAUAAAUAUGGAUGGGAUGCCUUUGAGAGAGCUGUCAAAGCCGCUGAAAGAGAAGUCAAGAAGCACUGAUGAUGAUAUAGAAAAAUCACAGGAUGGUUAUAUUCUGAUUUAAUUUGUAAAGAAAUGAUUCUUUAAUUUAAUCUCUCAUCUCAUGAAUGUCGAUAUUGGUGUGUACGAUUUUACCUCUUCAUAAUAAAAGGAAAAAAUAUAUAUAAAAUUUUAGUUUGUUUUCGUUUA